UUUUGCCAAACCAUAUUCUGUACAACUUGUUGUCGUGGCAUAUUCUGACAUGUCAACAAACAAACUUUGACAAGUUGACACAAACAAAAACAAUCAAUGGACGACGACGACGGAAUUCCCGGAUUUGCUGCGCAAUAAGCCAAAAAACUGCUUCAACAUCUAAAUUGUACCAUCUUAAAUUCUUGAUGACUUAUAACACGUUUCCCUGAAGCCAUCAAUACCUCCAAACAUGUUGGAAGACGAUGCCAAAUCGUGCCAAGUGUGGUAUUCAUUGCCAACCGAAGUAUUAUUCUACAUUUUCCAGUACUUACCAGCCAGAGACCUGAUUAAAUGCCGCCAAGUAUGCUGCCAGUGGAGGUAUGUAAUAGAUGGGUUGGUAAAAAAUGAGUUUCUAUGGCGAGAACACUGCCGAAAAGACUUUGAAUCAGUCUACCUUAUGGCCCGAAACAACGCAAGGAUUGGCAUGACUUGGUUUAACUUGUACCGAUCUCUCGCCCUCUGGCCGAAGUUGGCGACCGCACGUGACGUCAUAGACGAGUUCGCUUCAGCUUCCAGCGUCCAGGAACAAAUAUUGGACCUGAGAGUGCUGCAAAACGGAAAUGUUGCUGUGCAUAAAAAAGGAUCCAUAGUCUACUAUGAUAUUGAGACGUUGGAAGAGUCCAAGCGAGCACCGCUCAUAGGCCACUACUUGAGAUACGCGGAAAAUUCAAAAGUUGUAGCUAUCCUCGGACUUCAGUUGCACUUGUUCCUCAUUCGUAAAGCCGUCUACAGCACUAAACAGGAAAAAAGCAGCACUUUUCAUAACGUCAACCGUUUCUUUCUCAAUGAACAGAAAGUGUAUUUCUGCAAUACGGAUGAUGAAAUUUUUGUUGUGGACUUGGAAAAGCCUGAAAUUCGAGCGGAAUAUGUGACAACGGUCACGGAAAACAUCAUAUGCCUUUCCUUCAAUGACAACCACAUUCAUGUACUAACAUUUGCUAGAAAUGUAUAUUCCAUUGUUCGUAACCGCAUGGCCUCCAGGUGCACUUUGGACCACUGCUGCAACUUUCUGCAGGUGCUAAUAGAUUUCGAGUUCUUAGACCAAAUGGAUUGGACCAUAUAUAACCAGUGGAUGUUCCUAGUCAACCGUCCGGUGCCUCAGGGGCCUUUGCAGAACAUAAAAGUCAUGAAAAUAUACGGAGAUAUGAUCUUUGUUGGUUCCAACUGGGGUGUACUGCGUAUCUACUACUACCCAUACCGUGACGAUGAGUUUGACCUGUACAGUGCAGAGCCCGUGAAACAGUACAAUUUUAUGGAAAGGCUAGACUGUCCGGUGCUGACCGAUUCGUGUCCCAUCAUACAGAUAGACGUCUUGGAAUCAGAAGAUGGCCAUACAGUGCUAGCUGCGAUGCCGAAAAAAAUUGCUGUAUUAGAGUUUGUUCACACUUUUAAGAGGACAGCAUCGGUGGCCAUGCUACCAUAUUACAGGGAAGUACAAAAAGUUAAGGUACUAAGAAUUGAUGACUCUGUUUGAAGCUACUCUACUCUCAAUGACUGAAUCUGAUUAAUCUUUAAAAUCUUCUUUCAGAAUUAUUAUGUAGGCCCUUACUAUCAAAACUUAAACACAUACUAAGUGCCAAUUUCUCCAUUGUCGGUUAUCUAACCAACAGGCAUUGAUUUAUAAAUGAAAUGUCAUCUCCAUAUAAAAUUCAUGACAGAUGUAUCAAAAGUUAACCACUACUCCCUGGUUAUGCUCUAACCGAGAAUGGAGAAAUUGGCACUAAAUGUUGUCAGUUGGCGGUCAAAAGCCUUAUAAAUGUGUCAAAUUUCGAUUUUAUUUUAUUGAUAGUAACACAAUUAGUUUUUGGUUAUUGGCAUAGAUCUUUGUCCAAAACUAGAGUUUGUGAUUUGCUGCAUUAAGUUUAACUCCUGUGAAUAAAGAAGUAAUAUUAAAAUGGCGGUCAUUUCAUAACAGCGAAUAUUGUUUCUUUAUUCACAAAUGUGAUAUACUUAUCUCAAUCAAUUGUUAUUUAAUUAUUAAUUAUUUUUAACGUACAUGAUAGGAGCUAUCCUGAGGCCACUACAUUUAAAUUUAGUAUCAUUCCUUAUUUAUAUCAUCAUCAGCCCAUUUCAUUUAAAUGAUCGGUGAUAAUCGGUUCUUCGGCAUAUUUGAUAAGCACAUUGCCAAUCAGUU